AUGUCUGACCGGACGGUCCUGACUAGGCGGGACUGUCCGGCCGGACGGUCCGGACGGCGGACGCUCCUGACUGCCACACCGGUACCAGUUGUUGCACUGUGCAAGUUGUUGCUGUGCCAGUUGUGGGGGAAUCAUGCCUCUGCCAUCAAUGGUUGUGGUGUCGCAGUUGAGAUUGAAAGAUUCUUUCUUGAUCGCAAAAGCAUGACUAAAUUCAUUUUGGUGCUUCCCAAGGAAAUCCUGCAGAGAGAUAUGAUCGAAUUUCUCAUAACUGUGGCACUUGUGAAUUCAAAAGCAAUCCAAACCAAUUUCAAAAAAACAGGAUCUACAACUGUGAUUGAUGAUGUCUUUCCUGGUCGAAUGAAAAUCAAAAGAAGCCUAGACGACGUAUUUCCUGGAGCCCAAAAAUCCGUCAUUGAUGACGUUUUCCCAGGCCAACAAAGGUCCUACGUCGACGACGUUUUCCCCGGUAAAUCCAGAUCUCGGAGAAGUCCCCAGGAUUUGAGCAACAUUCUGAAUCGUAAUCGAAGGAACGUCAUUGAGACUCAGAAGCUAGUUGCUGGUGACGUUUUUCCCGGAAGCCAGCAAUCAGUCUUGGGUGAUGUUUUUCCAGGCCUGGUGAAGGUCAAAAGAAGCACCAGAGGCAUUUUACCAGUACAGAUAAAAAUCAAAAGGAGUGUUGACGACGUGUUUCCAGGAAGACAAAGAUCAAUUUUUGGGGACGUUUUUCCUGGAGGGCAAAAAUCCGCCUUUGACGACGUUUUUCCUGAGCCAGUGAAACCCAAGAGAAGCGUCGAUGACGUUUUUCCUGGCCGCCAAAAUCCAGUCAUUGGCGACAUGUUUCCAAGAGGACAAAGAUCAAUUUUUGACGACGCUUUUCCUGAGCCAGUGAAAACCAGGAGAAGUGUUGCUGACGUUUUUCCUGGCCGCCAAAAUCCAGUUGUCGAUGACGUGUUUCCGGGAAGGCAAAGAUUAAUCCUUGGCGACGUUUUUCCUGAGUCAGUGAAAAGCAGGAGAAGUGUUGCGGACGUUUUUCCUGGCCGCCAAAAUCCAGUUGUCGAUGACGUGUUUCCGGGAAGGCAAAGAUCAAUCCUUGGCGACGUUUUUCCUGAGUCAGUGAAAAGCAGGAGAAGUGUUGAUGACGUUUUUCCCGGCCGCCAAAAUCCAGUUGUCGAUGACGUGUUUCCGGGAAGGCAAAAAUCAAUCUUUGAUGACGUUUUCCCUGAACCAGUCAAAGCCAGGAGAAGUGUCGAUGACGUUUUCCCAGGAAAACAAAAAUCUUUUAUUGAUGAUGUUUUUCCUGGUGGUCAGAGAUCAGUUGUUGACGACGUCUUCCCAGGACAAAUGAGGAAAAAACGAAGCCUCGAUGACGUUUUCCCCGGUUAUCAAAUUUCUGUCUUGGACGACGUUUUCCCCGGAAAACAGCGACCUCGCCGACAAGCAGAAUUGGAUCAAAAGGUGACUGAAGUCUUGGACGACGACGAUGAAAGUGUUGAUGUGGAGACUGAUGACGGUGAAGUCGAGGGUUUCCCUGAGGCAGCAGUGUUGAGCGAAAGCGUGAUUGAGCUUCUGCGAUCCGGGAAAAUUCCAGCUCAGGCCCCAUUUGAGCCGGAAGAAAUCGGGGAAGAGAAAUUUCCAGAAUUGCUCUCCGGAAGAAGCAAACGAUUUGUGCCAAAACUUGACGAUGGUUUGCCAGAGCAUCACGGAGAGCAGAUUGAGCCAUUGAAGUUUCCCUUGGUUACUAGGUUGAGAAGGCAUCUGGCUCAGGCAAAGGCCUGGCUAUUCUAG